CUGUGCUGUGCUCAGUCAGUGUAAUCCCGUCUCUCCACCGGCCGACAUGGCGACUGCGCGGACGCUCAUAUGCUCCACGACAACCUGCAUCUGAAGCGGCUCCGGGCGGCCAGCAUCGCCGUCGCGCUCGGUGCAUUCGUGGACAAACGCACACUUGUACACAGUGGAUUUAUAAUCGGGGCUGAGCGAGGAAGACCAUGGUGGAACAGGGCCAAAUGUCGUUGGCGGGACAGAGGUUAGGAGCCCCAGAGACUCUGGGGAUCAGCACCCUGGAGCCUGGACACAAACCGCCUGCUAUGCCACCUGGACGCCUGGUGCCCAUUAGAGUCCUGCUGCUGGAUGACUCAGAGGAGAUAUUCGACAUAUCGCAUCGAGCAUCGGGGCGGGUUCUGUUCGAGAUGGUCUGCUUGCAUCUGAACCUUAUUGAGGGGGAUUACUUUGGCCUGGAGUUCCAGGGCCAUCACAGAAAGAUGGUUUGGUUGGAUUUCCUAAAGCCCAUUAGAAAGCAGAUCAAACGGCCCAAGCACACCGUCCUUCGGUUUGUUGUGAAAUUCUUCCCACCUGAUCAUACAGUGCUGAUGGAAGAGCUGACCAGGUACUUGUUUGCGCUGCAGGUAAGGCAGGAUCUGGCCAGCGGACGUCUCACCUGUAGCGACGCCAGCGCUGCUCUGUUGGUGUCUCAUAUCAUCCAGUCUGAGAUUGGUGAUUUUGAGGAAACUCAGUGUAGACAGCAUCUACUUAACACCAACUACAUCCCUGACCAGAUGGCCCUGAUGGACAAAAUCAUGGAGUUCCACCAUAAACACAUUGGACAGUCUCCCGCAGGGUCAGAUUACCGGUUGCUGGAGGUGGCGUGCAGGUUGGAGAUGUACGGUAUCCGACUCCAUCCUGCUAAAGACAGAGAAGGAUCCAAACUCAGCCUGGCUGUAGCACACGGCAGCGUCCUCGUGUUUCAGGGACACAACAGGAUCAACGACUUCAACUGGUCUAAAAUACGCAAGCUGAGUUUCAAGAGAAGGAGGUUCCUUAUCAAACUGAGAGCAGACCCUAGCAAUGUUAAUCAAGAUACUCUGGAGUUUUUGAUGGCGUGUCGGGACUGCUGUAAAAUGUUUUGGAAGAUCUGUGUGGAGUAUCAUGCCUUCUUCAGGCUCUUUGAGGAGCCCAGACCCAAACCUAAACCGGUGCUGUUUAGCAGGGGCUCAUCCUUCAGGUUCAGCGGGCGGACACAGAAGCAGGUGAUAGAUUAUGUGAAGGAAAAUGAGUUUAAAAAACUGCCCUUUGAUAGGAAACAUAGUAGAGUGCAGUAUAGCAGCAGCCUGUCACCUCUGCGUCACCAAGUGCCAAAUCAAGCUGUCAAGCAGUGCUGGGAGGGCUCAUUUUUAGUAAGCUCAGAAGAUUCUGCGGUAGUAAGACCAGGCGGAAACUCCUCCCCAUCAACUCAGCGCAACGGAUGCAGCGACCAAACGUACCCCAUUCAAGAGGAUAGCAGCAGUCCGGCAGCUAAGCAGCCGCCCGUCGAUCGAGCAGGUCUGGCGUCCCGUGCAGCUAAAGGCAGCAGCUCAUCCAUCCCGUAUAUUGACUGCAGUGAUGCAGAGUUUAGUGAACAGGAAGUCAGAGGUCGGGUCAGCAGGUCACACUCGCACACACGUGAUGGCAACAGCGGCAGCGCUUAUGGCACAGGGUUUGGUUCGCCCCGGCCACAUCAACAGGACAGAUACUUGGGCAAGUUCAGGCAGGAAGAGUCUCUGCCUCUUUCCCCUGUAAGCCAAUCAGAAAGCCCUGCACACAGCUAUCCCAGCCCCUCCUCUCCAAAUAAAAGUGCUAACAUUUUUGAGUCGUCAUUUUUUGGAGGCAGGGUAUGUGGGCCGCUUCAUAGCACACUAUUGGAAGAGUUGGCCGCAAAAAGCUCCUUAAACCACCACACAGGCACUAGGAGCCUGACCUCUAGCCCCGUCCCCUCCUCAAUUCACAGGACCAGCUCACUAAGCUACGCCCAGUAUAAUGGACACACCGGGCGGAGUUUUAGUUCAAAAGCAGGAUGGGAGGAAAGGGGCGGACUAUUUAGUAGCUGCUCCCCAAUUAUGAAUCGUUCAGCAAACAAGUCCCAGAACACUGUUAGCCAAUUAGAAAGAAACAUACGAGUCUCGAAUCAGCCACACCCUCCCGUUCUCCCCCGUGCCGAGAGAAUGGCCAUGUUGGAGCGCCGAAUGCUGGCCAACGGGCUCACGCCUCCUGGCAAGGCCAAUCUCAAGCCAAGCUCCCCGCACCGGCGCUUCGGGGCUGUGCAGAUGAUUGACGGCUCCACCAGUAGUGGAACAGACACUAGUGACUCUGAAGAGGCGGAGUCUACUGGCUCCUGCAGCCAUUCGCUAGGGCUUGAAAACCAAGCCACCCGUAGUUCGUCCCCCCUCCCCAGAAACAAGUACUCGUUCGGAAGCUUGCAGCUAGAUGAGCUUGACAAUGAAGGAGGGUGUGUGAACCUCAGUGAUGAGGAAGGGAUGCAAGUGUUUAACUGCUAUUAUGUUGUCACUCCCCGGAGUAACUUCGAGAUCUCUGCGUUUGGAAAAAUGCGAGGAGCCAUAACAGUAGAUGUGAACGUGAUUUUGCCAAAGGUGACGUGUGCUUUGGUAACAUUAGUUAACGGUCACGCUGAUGACUGUAGAGGAGCGACGCCAUCUCCUCUCAUCUCCCCCAUGCUGAAUGACACUGGUGCCAUACGCACUGAUGAGGAGGAGGACAACAGGAGGAAGAACUGUCCCGCUGAUAACGCGGAAGGCCAAUGCAAUAUGCAGGUUAAAGGAGAAAUCCAGCGUAUAGGAGACCUGCUGCUGAAGACCGUACAGGAGAUGAAGGCUCUCUCAGCUCAGCUGCAGACGACCUCAGAGUGUGUGUUUGCGCUGGAGAGAGCGUGUGUCGUGUCCCGCAGGCUGGAGUGUGUGUGCCGUGAGUUUGAGCUGCAGAAGGUGUGCUACAUUCCUCUGAACGUCUUUCUGCUGAGUCCUCUCCAUCGCCUGCUGCACUACAGACAGAUACUAGACAGACUCUGCAAACACUUCCCGUCGACACACACCGACUACAGCGAUUGCAGAGCUGCAUGGGACGAUGUGUGUGAAUUGGAGGCUGCGCUUCGUCCUGGUCUGGAAGAGAUUGAGAACUAUCAGAAACUCCUGGAGCUUCAGAAGGAUUUGAUUGGUGUUGAGCAUCCGGCCGUGGCUGGACGUCAGCUCAUCAGACUGGGCUGCCUCAGCAAACUCUCUGGGAAAGGCCUUCAACAGCGCAUGUUCUUCCUGUUUAAUGGCGUUCUGUUGUACAGCACCCGAGGGAUAACAUCAGCCAAUCAGUUUACAGUGCACAGACAACUUCCUCUGCACGGCAUGACAAUCCGGGAGAGUGAGGACGAGUGGGGCGUCCCGCACUCCUUCACACUGAUGGUGCAGCAGCAGUCACUGGUGGUCGCCGCAUGUUCAGAGUCAGAAAUGGAGAAAUGGAUGGAGGAUUUAAAGAUGGCGGUUGACAUGGCUGAAGAGUCUAAUGGACCGACUGCUGACCUGCUGACUGCUAGCAAGGAUGUCAAAUUCUCAGGGGCGUCUGAAGUGGAGUCAGAGGACGAUCUUUGUGGGUCUCGAACAUCUUUGCAACGCAACGGCAAUGAUUCCGCAAACACUCUUCACCGCGGCAACACCACAGCACAUGUGUGCUGGCAUCGCAACACCAGUGUUUCCAAGCUGGACUUCAGCAUCGCCAUAGAGAACCAGCUCUCAGGAAAUCUGCUCCGAAAGUUUAAAAACAGUAACGGCUGGCAGAAACUCUGGGUGGUUUUCACCAAUUUCACCCUGUUCUUCUACAAAACACAUGAGGAUGAGUAUCCGCUGGCCAGUCUGCCGUUGUUGGGUUACUCAGUAACACAUGCUGGCGAGUCAGAAAACAUCCAUAGAGAUCACGUCUUCAAACUGCAUUUCAAAUCUCAUAUCUACUACUUCAGAACAGAGAGUGAAUACUUUUUCGAAAGGUACAGCAAAAUUCAUUAUUCCACCAAGAGAUACAGUAAACAGCACUGA